AUGGAGACCCCCGCCCCCGCCGCCACAACCACGGCCACCACAGACCCCGACCCGCAAACGCCCCCCCCCAUCUUCGCCGACGUCGUCUUCCACCUCGUCCCCUCCGAUACCCUCCCCCCCUCUCUCGCCGCCUCCACCACCAAACUCCUCACGACCUCCGGCGCCACCCCCGCCACCCCACUCGACUCGCACAUCCGCAUCGACCUCGCAAGCGUAACGCACAUCGUCAGCACCACCGUCGACUUCCCGGGCUACACCGAGGCAGAGCGGUUCAUGAUCCCCGUCGUCACCCCCGCGUGGGUCACAGCCUCGCUGGAUAAAGGGAGGAUGGUCCAUGUGCGGCCGUACAAUCCCGACCCGCGCUUCUUCUUCUCGGGCGUCAUGGCGACGGUCGCGGAACUGCCGGAGGGCGAUAAGGAGGCGAUUUGUGGUGGGGUGGUGGCGAUGGGGGGGCAGUAUACGGGGCACUUGACGAGGUUUACGACGCAUGUGGUGGCGUUGAAUAUGGAUAAUGACAAAUGCAGACAAGCCCUUCGCAAGAACCUCAACGUCAAGAUCGUCCUCCCCCACUGGUUCGACGACUGCCUCAAGCUCGCCCGCCGCAUCCCAGAGGACCCCUACCUCCUCCCGGACCCCGAAAUCACCCGCGUCCCCUCAUCAGCCCCCAUCCCCCUCCCGCAGGGGCCCGACCUCACCUACUCACACGACCGCCGCCCCCCGCCUCUCGACGGCGCCUCCGAGGACCCGCCCACCCCGCGCCCAUCCUUCUCCGCGUUCGACGGAAAAUCAGUCUUUCUCGCCCCCGACCUCGACAUCUCACUCCGCCUGCGCGGCGUGCUCGGCGAGGUGAUCCAGGGCGCCGGAGGCGCUAUGGUGAGCGCUGUGGAAGAUGCGAGUGUACUGGUGUGCCAGUUCCGCGCGGGGACAGACUACAAAUAUGCGCUUCGCCGCGGGCUGGAGAUUGGGAACCUCACAUGGCUGUACUGGAUCUUUGCGCACAGCACAUGGGCGUCGCCGCUGCGGCGGCUUCUGCACUUCCCGCUGCCGCCGGGCGGCGUGCCGGGGAUGCAGGGGAUGAUCAUCACGGUGAGCAACUACGGGGGCGACGCGCGGCUGUAUCUCGAGAACCUUGUCGAGGCGUGCGGCGCGCGGUUCACAAAGAGCAUGAAGGCCGAGAACACGCACUUGGUGACGGCGCGGGAGCAUAGUGAGAAGUGUACGGCGGCGAGGGAGUGGAAUAUCAAUAUGGUGAACCACCUGUGGCUCGAGGAGUGCUAUGCGAAGGGCACGGUCAUGAGUCUGGCGAAUAGACGGUAUGCGAUGUGGCCGCCGCGGACGAACCUGAUGGAGGUGGUGGGCAUGACGGGCGUGGAUGUGGGCGCGCUGGAGGAGGAGGAUAGGGAUGGGGAGGCGGCGGAUGCGAUGAGUGUGGAUGGGGAUGGGGACGGGGCGGAGGAGGACGCGGUGGUGAGGGGCGCGAGCGGCCUGGCGAUCAGUGAGCGCAAGGAGGAGGCGCCGCCGCCGCCGCCGCGGCAGCAGCAGCAGCGGCAGCAGAGGGUCUCGACGCCGUCAAGGUGGAGCAGAGACAUCGAGGCGCCGCAGUCGGUGUCGUCGAGCGGGCGCAAGGCGAAGGAGGCGGCGGCGGCACGGCUGCACGACUCAAUCAUGCCCGAUGUGAUGAAGUACCAGCAGGAGCUGAAGCGGAAGGGCGGGGUGAUGGGGACGGGGCGCAAGCGGCGCACGGGCAGCUUUGGCGACAUGGCGUCGAUGGGCGCGGAUAGUGGCACGGCAACGGCACAGGGGAAGAGGGUGAAGCCGAAGGUGUUUUUGCUGCUGACGGCGUACAAGGGCUGGGUGGAGAAUCCGGGGAAGGAGGAGAGCGAUAAGAGAGGCCUAGCAGCACUUGGAAUCCAGUGCGUCGCUGACCCCGCCGUCUGCACGCAUCUCGCCGCACCACACAUCGUGCGCACGGAGAAGUUCUGCUGCGCGCUCGCACGCGCGCCAAUCAUUGUCUCAACAAGCUGGAUCAGCGCCUGUCUCUCCAGCUCCACCAUCGCCGACACCACGCCACACCUGCUGCACGACCCCGCCGGCGAGCAGAAGCUGAACAUGGUGCUCUCCGAGUCGCUGUCGCGCGCGCGCGCCAACGCCGGAAAGCUGCUGGCGGGGCAGACGAUCUAUUGUGCGCCGAAUGUGCAUGGCGGGUUCGAGACGUACCGCAAGAUUGUGGAGGCGAAUGGGGGGGUGUGUGUGGCGUUUAGGAUGGCGAAGAGGGUUGUUUCUGCGGAGGGGAAGGGGAAAGAGGUGGAGGAGGAGAGGUGGGUGUUGCUGAGUAGUGAUGAGGAGGGGGAUCGGAAGUUGUGGGGGGCGUUUGCGAGGAUGGUGAAGGGCGCGGGAGGGACACCGGUGGUGGUGAAGACGGAUUGGUUGUUGGAUGCGGCGAUGGGGCAGAGGGUGAGGUGGGGUGGGGGGUAUGAGUUUGAGAAGUAG